CAAGAAUGAAAUUUCACCUAGUUUUCUCCUAGAAAUGGUAUAUCAGCUUUAAUACCAACACCAAUAUCAGCUCUUUUAACACUUCAAUUAAGCCAAAGUCAAGUAACAAUUCAGUAAUAAUCUUGUUGAUAUAAACAAUAAAAACAACUGUUUCGCACAGCAGAUCACUGGCUCACUAGUCAACUUUCUUGCUUUUUUCUCUUGCUUUUCUUUAUAUUCUUUCGUUUUCUUCACCUCUCUUAUUGUUCUUUGUUUGGUUUAUAACUAAUCCUUUUUUGAUACCUUGAUUACAUAUUCUGUAUUUCAAUUAAUUAAUUAACCAAAUCACUUCUUUAUUCCCUUUUCAUCCUUAUUUUUUCGCUUCACUUAUCAAAAAUGGGUUUAUUUAAAAGAAGAACUAUAGGCACUAAAAAUCAAAAAAAAAUUAAUAAAAAUAAUCCCUCCAAUGGUUUUACUUCAAAAACAAUUAAUGACAUUGGAAAUGCUCAAAAAAUUCACAAAAAUAAUCCCCAAAAUAAUCACGAAAAUAUUCAAGAAAAUAUUAUUAAUACAAACCAAAAUAUAAAACCAAAUAAUAAUUUUAAUAAUAAUGACAAUAAUGAUAAUAAUCUGAAUAAUAAUAAUAAUAAUAAUAAUAAUAAUAAUAAUAAUAAUAAUAAUAAUAAUAAUAAUAAUAAUAAUAAUAAUAACAAUCUGAAUAAUCUGAAUAACCACGAUAAUAAUCUUAAUCUCAUUAAUACUUUACUAAUCCCUUCAAUGCCUUCUGUCCCUUCUUUAGUCUCCUCUCGAAACAAUUCAAAUCAAAACUCAAAGGUUAACACUUUUAACAGUGAGCUAGAAUUGAAACAGAUUCCUCAAAAUAAUUUUAAAACCUUACCUAUAGUUGAUACUAAUACCACUAAUACUAACAAUAAUGAUGACAAUUUUAAUACAAAUUUUAAUACUAAUAGUUUUAAUACAAACUUUAACAGUAAUUUUAAUGACAAUUCUAAUAACAAUUUCAACAAAUUUGAAAAGAAACCAAAAAAAAAAAGAUUCUCCAUUUUAUCCAUUUUUGCAAAAUCAGAAUACAAUAAAGACAUCAAAAAACUAUCAAAUAACAUUAACACUUUUGAAAACCAAACCAUAUCAAAUUUAAUCGUAAACAAAAAACCUCAAAGGAAAUCAAAAGCAAAAUCAAUAGCAAAUUUAGAUGCCAUAUCAAAAACUAUUAUCAGCUCUUCUCCAAUUAAAACCUCAAGAUCCGUUUCAAAUUCAAUUCAAUUAGAUUUUAAUAACACUAAUAACAUUAAUGACAUUAAUAACAUCAAUAACAAUAAUCCUAAUAACUGUUCUAAUAAUAAUAUUAACAACACUAACAACACUAAUAACUACUCUACUAAUGAUCUAGGUUCUUUUCUCUAUCAAGACAAACAAAAUACUAAAAGCAUCUCUCAAAACAACUCAAAGAGUAACUUAAUAUAUAAAAACUACUCAAAAUCAAAAUCAAAAUCAAUCUUACGCUCAAAAUCGGCUUUUGACCUAAACUCAUUCAUGAGCAAAUCAAGCAAAACAAGUAAAUCAAGCCCAACCAAAAAACAUCAUAAAAACAAUAAAUCAAACAAAAAUUGUAAAAGCCUUUAUCCUGAUGAUGAGAAACUACCUGAUGUGCCCCCUGCUUUCCUAUUCGAUGCAAAAUUAUUAACUCCUAAAACUGUUAUUGCUUAUAGAAAAAACCAUCCUGAAAUGACUCCAAAUAUUCCAAAUAGUAAUCAAAAUAAAAGAUACACUAAAUCGUUAAAUCACUCAGUUUUCCAUGUAUCAAGAAAUAUGACCACUACUAAUGUUAGUACUGCUGCUACCACUAUCACUACUCUUAACAAUAACAACAUUAAAAAUUUUAUAAAUAAUAAGCCAAAUAGCAAGAAAAGCGAUAAUAAAAUGGCUAAUACUAAAUCUCAAAUCUCUUUCCACCCCUUACCGAAAACUCCUUCAACGUCAAAUUUCGAUGAUUUAUCAUCAAAUGAAGAAAUUAAAGAUAAAAACAUUCAUGAAAACUUACUCAAUAUUGAAAAAUUGGAACAAAAAAACUAUUCUCUCGAUCCUAAUUUCAUUCCAAAAAAUAUAUCCAAUAAUUAUUAUGAUUUUCAUAACGAUCAUACAAAAAACUUUAAUGCCAAUCAAUUAGUUAAUGUUAAUAGUUAA